AUGAAGGCACACCGACGAAGCCCCUCCAUUCCAGACUUGUCCCUCCUCCAGGAGCUUCUUUCUGAGUGGACAUUGCCCAAGUAUGUUGUCAAUGUCGUAAAUGCAAUCCCGAGAGCCAUGCCGUCCCAGAAGAGGAUGGGGGGAAGUGUUCCACGCGCUACACUAAACAUCACGGUCCCCCACAUGGGGUCUCACAAGGAAUUAGCGGCGCGCAGUUAUGCGCACAGCGACGAGACGGUGCGCAUUGGCGGCCUCCAGUUCAAUAUGAGCAGAGAGAAGAUCGCGAGUGCUGUCGAGUCUCAUGGAUUUUAG